UUACUAGCUAUAAUGUUGAGGUAUACAAAUGUAAAUUAGUUUAUGUGUGUAUGAGAGUGUGAUGAGUUAAUCUAUUCUUUUUUCAUAUUUAGCCCAAAAAAUAUUUAAAACCGCGUAAAAUCUACAGAAUCGGUCGAUAAAUCCAAAUCUUAUUCAAAAUAAUCGUUAUAGAGUAGUUAUUUAAUAAUUAGGUAUACGCGUUCUUGAUCAUUUUGCUGUCGUUUCGUUAGUCUGUCAACUGUACCAGUAGAUUGAUACAACCCAAAUAAUGUGUUAAAUUUUCACGGUGAAAAACUCAUUUCUAUAGAAUCGUUUAUCGAAAGACACGCUGACAUUUAGGAUAAACCAUUAGCGCGCGUUUUUUAAUUUUUCGACUCGAUUGUGAGUAGUGGGACCUCGCGGUUACUCUGCAAAGUAUUUUUCGGAGCCCUUUUACUUGACAUUUUAUUUUUCAUAAGUCCUUCUUUUAUCAUCGUUGAUUGGAAGGCACGCCGCCGGUUUACUUCGUUUAAGUUAUUGUUUUAAUUUCAUUACAAUCGGUUACGUGGUGUCCUGUUUUCUUUUCGAUUAUAUUCGUUGAUCGUAAUAAUUUAUUCCAACAUGCAGAUUUACUAUUGACUCAUCAAACUAUCGAUUUUAUGAAGAGUAAAGCGUCUUUUAUUUACUAUUUUUAAAACUUGCUCGCGUAAUCUAAAUUGUAUACAAACAGUAAAAAUAUACUGAUAAGUCCAGCCCAUAGCACUACUGCUCGGUUGGCACGCGUUCGAUUAAAAAACUUUUUUAAAUAAUCAAUUAUUUAUCUUUCCGCAGCCGGCUGCCCAAGACUUAAAAAAUUUCAACUGAUAAACAAAAUGCUCAUGGUCACAUCACUGCCACUCGUGAAUCCUGACCUCAUACCAAUCUACUAACCCCCUCAAAACUCAUGUGAUACUUUGUCGGAGAAGCAGUCGAUUGGGCGGUCUCUAUCACUCAAGUAUCGUACUAACAUUCCCAUCCACUUCCCCGUGACUCUACCACUGGUCGUGGCCGGCGCCGGUAUUGAUCAGCAUGAUAGGGGCCUUUGAGAAGUUGCGAAGCGAGGAAAGAUAGCGCCCAUUCAUCUUCCACGGCUCGUGGAUGUAACUUUUGGAGGUCCUGGUCAAUAACGGAGUAGCAACUGCGGGUGGGCACCUAUGCUUAUGCUUAUUAACCCCGUAAAAAAAAUCCGAUCCGAAAUCGGCCGACGGAAUCGGUUAUAAAAACAACCGAUUUUUACCGAUUUAGUCUGUGAAAAAAAGAAAAUCUGACUCAACCCAAUUUAGUCGGUCUAUUCGUAGGGCAACUAAAAAUCUUACUCCUGACGCAUCCCGCCUAAAUCGGCAACUGGUUGGUCGAGAACUGGUCGAGAACUGUAAAAUUUUUUACGGGGAACCAUUUCCGUUUUUACACUCGAUCAUUCGCACAUUAGACUUUGUUCGAGCCUGACAGGAUCAGCUCGAAGAAAAUUUGGAGUGGUUUUGGCAGCCCUGCGCUUGCUGCGAUGACAGUCGUAGCGACGAUGGCUGCACAGCCUGCUUUGCUGUCAAAGACGACGGAGAGCGCGCGAAACGGCGUAUGCGAGACAGCAAGUGAGCCGAAGCAAGCAACGGCGCGUCGUUGACGACGGCUCAACAGCGAGAAAGAGAAAGAGAAAAUUUUGGCGCGCAACGAAGGAGAAGAGGACGAGGAGAAGCCUGCGCGUCGGAACAAGAGCAAGUCUAUCGCAAGCAGCCGAACCGGUCGGACGUCAAGCCGAGCGCGUCGCGAUCGUCGGAGGAGACACUAGUUUUAUUCACUUAAUUUAGUUAUAGUUAUUAAAUAGAAAGUAGUGAGAGAAAAUCUAGUGUUUUGUUUGCUUGCGGUAAUUCCGACCCUCCCAACUGGUUCCCCAAGUCCGCCUGAAGUGAAGCAAGAAUACAGUCCGCUCCGAUCAUGGUCCAAACGAGCCGGAUCUGGUGAACCGGGAGUGUGGAGACAGUGCAAGGCGGAGGGUCGUUUCUAUCGCGGCAAGUGGGCACAAGGCCCACUGAGUGAAAAAAGACGCCGCGAAGAAAAGUGUGAAGAAGACGCCAUCUUGGCUGAAAAAAAUGUGCUCGUGAAGACAAAAACGCCAUUUUGGAAAAGUGACCAGCGCAAAAGUGCGACGCCAUUUUGGAAACGUCCAGAAUGCGUCCGAAGAAAGAGUGAAAAAGUGGUAAGCGACGCCAUCUUGUAUGCGUCCAGAAUCUUCUCAAGCUGGAAGUAAUUCCGGACAGAAGAAUCGAGAAGUGAAGUUCCGGCCAAGAGGACACAAAAGGUCCCCCAAGUACCGUGAUUUCAGACUUGGCUGAUUUCCGUGCUUGGUUCGGACACUGGGUCCGAUCGUUGGUGUCCCUCUUGUGCCGGAAACUGCCCUAAGGCGCCUGCAACAACUCCCGGGAGCGGCGCUGAGUAAGGACGCGUCGACUCCAGAGAAGAAGAAAAGCGGAGGUUGCAGGCAAAGACGGAAGAAGCUUUCGGGAAGUGGUCCUGGAAGUGAACUCCGAUAAGUGGAGCGAAACCUUCUGUGAACUUGGUCCGGGAAACAAGACACCCGAAAAGACUUCCGCGAAAGUGGUUCCGGAAAAGGUGCGCAGAACGUUCUGGAAACUGGUUCUGGAAGUUCUGCGCAAAGUACGAGUGAAGCGGGUAGAAGAACCCCAAAGUGAAGGCGAACGGUUCCAGCAGCCGUUCCGAGCUCAGUGCCCUGCCACUGUAGCAUCGGUGGUCAAAGUGCUUCGCCCGAGGAAGCCGCCAAAGAAGCUGAGGAACUCGGAGAAGGCGGCCACACCGAAUAAGACACCGGAGUAAGAUCGGCAAGUUCGGUCACUAAGUGCACUGAGGUAUCCCCUGCGGAGCGAGCAGUGAAAAGGUGCUAGCGGAGAUGGAGCGGUUCAACGACGUCGUCUACCAGCGGGAGCUGGUUCAAGGUAAGCUCACCACUAUUCUUGACAGCUUGGAAGAUGCCACGACGCUCACAUGGGCAGCGUUGAAGAUGUGCCAGAAGGAUGUAGAAGCCGCGUACGAUGCGUACCACACGGCGUACGGGCAGAUCCUUGGCAUGGUUCCGUCAACAUCACAGGACGAGCAAGAUGCCCUCUACGACGCCUUCGACGACCUGCACACAGAGGUCCUGACGGUCAUCGAAGAGAAGCUGCUAGAAGUAGGCCAGCCCACACGACGAAGAAACGCGUACACGCCUGGUGUACCACAAUAGGUGGACGAGACAACGAACCCAACAACCGCUAAGAUCGUCGGAUGCGCCAACGAGACGGCCAUCGAUGAACCCCCGAAGCGUUCCGGGAAGCUGCUGGCAGAGCAGCUGGACACGGAAGAUCGGGUACGACCGGAGUUUACCAUCCAGCAUGGUGAACGGUCCGAGAACGCCAAGACUGAGCAGCACAAGGUCAUCGAGACGAACAAGAUAGCUGACGUGGAGGAUACGUCACAACCUGCCAAGGAGCCACCCGGACAAACCGUAACGGACAACCCGGGUCAGCAACAAAUGGCCAUGACCGUCAGAAGGGAGCCGGCACAGACGUGCGACGUGUGCGGACUAGGCCAGCACAAGAGCUGGAAGUGUCCGCAGUUCCUAGAGAUGGCAGUCCCCCAGCGGCUGAUCAAGGUUAAGGAGAAGCAGCUCUGCUUCAACUGCCUCCGGACGGGACAUACCUCAGCGCAGUGUGUAUCCACCGGAGCGUGCGCGACGUGCAUGAAGCGGCACCACACCCUGCUGCACGCCGAGUACUGGAGAAACCCAAAGCAACCGACAACACAAACGAAGGUGGAGCAACCUGGUGCUCCACAACAAGCCGAAACGGAUCAAGUGACGCCAGAGGCCAGCUCCUCUGGACAACUAGCGCCGGACGCGCUGUCAGCCGUCGCGGACUUUCGAGACGAACCCUGCAGCCCAAAACCCUGCCGUGGUUUAUUGAUCACAAGUAAGUUCGACACACACUUGACGAAGAACACUCUGGACAUACACAACGCGAACGAGUUGGCUGGCGUCGAAAGGAUGCAGCCACGUUCCACCAUCUCGGUGAUUCCUGCGGGAGUCCAACUCGCUGACAGAGCCAACUUGGUGGCUUUGCGCGAGGUGGGGCUCAGUCAGGACACGGACAGCACCACUGGAAGCAGCGUAGCGCGCAAAGUAGCGGUUCGGGCUCAAGCCACGGCGUUUGAGGACGAACCCGAGUUGGAGCAGCACACCGAAGAGCGUGAAGUUAAAGCCUACAAGACAACAAGUUUAGUGAGUGAUCAAACGCAGCAAAUAAAGUUUUACCUGCCGCUCCACGCGGAGGUACAUUCAACGAAGACGAUGCCGGCGUUGGUGCGUACAAGGACGACCUCGGCGCCGUUCACAGCUGCUACCGCUUGCAUGCAGCUGAUGGUGGGUGAGCGGUUGAUGUUUCCAGGAGUUGCAGCACCAGCGAAAGCGAGGCAGAUGAGCUGCAUUGGAAGAUCCCAUCCACACGAGCGGUCGGUGUAUGCCGACCCACUGAAGCGAGUGACACCUGACGGGCCUGGAGAAAGUUCAUGGAGAAGCAGAACAAGAUACCGGUUUCCGACAAUCGGCAUGAAACAGGCAGUACUGAAGUUCAUCCCUCGAGGCGUUCAGUCCUUUUGGCAGCCCCUGCGACUGUCAACUGCAUCUGUACGAAACAACACGACCUGUAAGUACGGCACGAAGUUAAGCAACAUGAUGAUACAAGUACGCAACUGGUCGAAGCCAACGAAACCCCCUGAAGAAACAACUCAAGACUUGCCUGAUCCUCUUGGACAACAUACGGGAGCCGGAACGCUGGCCAACCCACGUGUUGGAGUUCCGACCGAAACUGGAAGGCAGAAGUGUGAGCUUUGGAUCGCCUGGAGAAUGCACGCAAUUCUUCGCGGGUGGAGGAUGUUCGAGCCUGACAGGAUAAGCUCGAAGAAAAUUUGGAGUGGUUUUGGCAGCCCUGCGCUUGCUGCGAUGACAGUCGUAGCGACGAUGGCUGCACAGCCUGCUUUGCUGUCAAAGACGACGGAGAGCGCGUGAAACGGCGUAUGCGAGACAGCAAGUGAGCCGAAGCAAGCAACGGCGCGUCGUUGACGACGGCGCAACAGCGAGAAAGAGAAAGAGAAAAUUUUGGCGCGCAACAAAGGAGAAGAGGACGAGGAGAAGCCUGCGCGUCGGAACAAGAGCAAGUCUAUCGCAAGCAGCCGAACCGAUCGGACGUCAAGUCGAGCGCGUCGCGAUCGUCGGAGGAGACACUAGUUUUAUUCGCUUAAUUUAGUUAUAGUUAUUAAAUAGAAAGUAGUGAGAGAAAAUCUAGUGUUUUGUUUGCUUGCGGUAAUUCCGACCCUCCCAUCUGGUUCCCCAAGUCCGCCUGAAGUGAAGCAAGAAUACAGUCCGCUCCGAUCAGACUUUGUAAAACCUAGACGCUAAAUACAUAAAGAUAAAACCGUGAUUCCCCGAUUAUUCUCACGCGACUAUUCUACUGCUGCCAACAAAAGUGACAUUUUUUUUUGAAAAACAUAUCUUUUACGCAGGGUGGCCACCUCGGGAAAAAACCGGGAAAACCGGGAAAAACCCGGGAUUUUUAUCCACCGGGAGAAAACCGGGAAAAACUCGGGAAUUCGACUGACAAACCGGGAAAAUAUUUUAAGUUUAGUUAAAAUUUGACAAAAGCCUCUUUAAAUUAUUCAAUAUGUUCUUUUCUCAAUUAGAAUAUUAUUCCUGUUAUUCUAAAUGAAGAAUUCGCGAAAACUAUGUUUGAAUUUGUGUAAUAGACUCAUGCUUCUUGGUUAUGGAUGUUUCUUUUUGUGUUGUAUCCUAUUAUAUUUUUACAUGGCGAUUUUUUUUUAAUAAAGCAAAAUGUUUCCUUUACCAGCGAUUAUCAACCUGGGGUACAUGUACCCCUGGGGGUACCACGAUCGGUCUCAGGGGGUCCGGAGGACAAACCCCGCAAUGGCGGACAUUUGUCCCAAACAAAAUAUUUGAGAGAAAAAAGAACAAAUUGCUUUGAUGCAAAAAAUAACAUCCAUGCUUAAGGUGCAAUGAAUUACGUGCGAAUUGUUUUUGACCAAUCAGAAAAUGUUUAAAAAAUAUUUGAAUGAUAAAUCUAUAAUUUGCAUUCGCUUAGAAAUUUUAUGAAUUUGAAGUAAAGUGCACCGUUUUUUUUUUUUGUUUUUUUUUUUCUACGAAUAUUUGUUUCAAAUUUGUAUAUUGUGCCAACUACCAUUUACUACAAUGUUGGUAAAAAUAAUCUUAUGUUUCAUGAUUUGGAUAUUUUCAAUUCGACCUUUCUUUGCUAAAAUAUUAGUUUUGCAUAAAAUAAAAAUUAGGAUUUUUUGUAAGUGGAAAUUAUGGAUCUCAUGGUACGAAAACAACAUUACAGUAAAUAUCUCUCUAAAUUUAAAGAUCAAGACAUUUCCUUCAAAUUGUCACACAAAUUACACUAUUUUAAAAUAUCUUUCUUGGUCUGUAUCUUAGCAACAAAAGAAUGGAUCAAAAAUGUUCAAAAAAGAAAGCAGAAAAGAAAUUUAUAGAAUAAUUUUUCAAUUGAAAAUAGCUACAACUUCAAAAAAAUACUAUUUACAAAAUUUAAAUUUACAUAAAAAUAAAAUUUAAAAAAAUAUGGGGGAUGUUUGUAGAAAUUAAAAAGGCAACGAAAAUUUAAUUUACUAAAAGAAUUUCUCCAAGGCAUUUUCAGUAGAUAGUUUUAAAAAAAACAGGGUACAACAUUUUAUUUUGAAGCUUUAUUAAGAAAACUGAUUUGAAGAAAUGUACAUGGACGUUGUGUGGCCUAUCCAGUACAUGUUUUUAAACAACUCUAGAAACAAGAUUUACGACAUUUUUAAUACUUCAAAAUUCUUUCUUUCUUCGUGAAUUGGAAUGUAAAAAAAUCUCAUGCAAACGAAAAAUGUCAUGUAUGAACGCUAGGGGGUACCAGCAGCUUAAGUAACACGAAAAAGGGUACCUAGCCUAGAAAAGGUUGAGAACCGUUGAAUUAUAAUAUAUUUCAACUUAAAAAUAAUAAUAUCAUGGAGUUUCUGUUUGUAAAUAUUAUUUUAUUUGAUAUUAUUUGAGAUUCUCAGCCAGACAAAUUAUUAAGGACAACUUGCAAUAUUUUUUUUU